AUGGCUGGUAACCGCGUAGUCUCAAAAGUUACGAUGCAGGAGCUCAAGUACCGGCGACUCGCCGAGAACAACCUCCGCCUCCGCGAUGAUCUAAGCCGUCCCCGCGCAAUGGUCUCUCUCGCAAGCAUCAACCUGAUCAACUACUGCUCCGAGACGCGCGACCCUCUCCUCCCCUCCGUUUGGGGACCACUCGCCAAAGGCGAGGAUGCCUUUGCACCUGUCGAGGAAGCGGCGUGCUGCACCGUCCAAUAG